CAUCAAUCUACGGACAACACGCUUUCGUUCGCCCCCCGCCUAUCCUGUCCUUCUCAGCAGCUUCGUUGUUGAAUUCAAGUUGCCAGGGUAGUUUAGGAACCCUGCUCGACCGAGAUCGGGCGUUGUUCUUCUGUUUCUGAAAGGAAAACCAACUACAUGACUCGAUAGCUACGUGAUUUUGUGUCAAGUAAACGCAGUGCCAAGAAAAAACAAAACUAUUUGCCUUUGUGCAGUGAUUUCUAGUGAACUGCCCGUAAAAUCAGUCAAGCUGUGGGGCGCCGGAGCUUUUUUUCUUCCCCAUCAGGGGAUGUAUUACCCGCACAUGGUCCAAACGGGCAUGACUGCACCUUUUGGUGCGGCCGCGGCCCAGGCACCCACCUACACCACCCAAAAUGGGGAAAUCAAAGCAGCGUCGGAAGAUAAACCAUCGUUACCGCUCCUGCCGCCUCCGACAGUCGCACCAACACCGGGAGCUGGGCCUCCCUUCAGUCCGCCGCCGCCGCAACCGCCCUCAUCUGUAGAAACUCCUGUGAGCAUAGCAUGCAGUCCAGCAGCUCUCGCAGCGCAGACGCAACAAUCUUACAAAUGUGACCAAAUGCCUGCGGAAGCAGACAAUGGUCAAACAAUCCCACCACCCAGUUCAGAGCCCUCAGAUGGAACGAAUCAGUCGGCGGUACAGGCAGCUACGGACCUUUCAAAAAGCCAACCUAAAAGGUUACAUGUUUCUAACAUUCCAUUCCGGUUUAGGGACCCAGAUCUUAGAGCGAUGUUUGGGCAAUUUGGUCCAAUUUUAGACGUAGAAAUAAUUUUUAAUGAAAGGGGAUCCAAGGGUUUCGGUUUUGUAACAUUCGCAAAUAGUGCUGAUGCGGAGCGCGCACGAGACCGACUACAUGGCACCGUGGUUGAGGGAAGAAAAAUAGAGGUAAAUAAUGCAACUGCAAGGGUACAAACCAAAAAACCACCAACUCUUCCCACAGUUCCAGUAAUUCAAUGGUCGGACGCCACACUACGAGCAGGGGUAGCAGCUAUUCAGCGAGGCAGGGCAAGGGCAGCUUAUCCGACGGCUGCAGCUGCAGCUGCUGCGGCAGCGGCUUUCGCGAGGCCCCCUUUGACAGGCACUCUGCAUGGCUACACGCCCGUAUUAAAUACGCUGCCGGUCGAUGGAAGUGUCUAUUAUGACCCCUUUCUGGCAGCGCACGCCGCUGAUCCCAAUUACACAAGGUUGCAGGCAGCAGCAGCCGCAGCGGCAGCAACCCCCUUACUAAAAACACCCCUCUCGACUGCCCAACAGGCGAGCUAUGCAGCUGCAGCGACAUACACGGCGGUGGCGGCGAGGUACGGUGCUGCAGCAGCCGCUCAACCAGUGGCAGGAUAUGCAGUUGCAGGAUACGGAAGAGACUAUGCAGAUCCUUAUUUGGGACACGGGAUUGGGCCGAUGGCUGGAUAUGGGGCCGCUGUUUAUCGUGGUGGUUACAACCGUUUUACGCCCUACUGAACAUAUCAGCAGCUCCGUAAGGCCUAUCAAGCUGAAUACUCAAAUGAAAACAAAAACUAUUGUUAUUCGUCUUGUGUACGCGUAGCACAAUGCAGCACAAAAAACAUUAUUGAUUUAAGUAAGGAAAAUAAGAGCCAAAGAGCUGAAAACUCACUAACGUAAAGCCCUUGUGAUAGCCCAAAAAAGCUAACCCAGCUCUCUAACCUAUAGUUAAGCAUUAGAUUAAGUCAACGUUUCCAUUCCCUUGAAUUCAUACCAGUGAGACCUGAGUGAAUGAUUUAGUCAUUAGUUCGGUUGAAUUUUGACAGACAAAUUUAAAUGGUUUCAAUUAUUUUUUAUUCUGUCUAAAGUUCAUUCAUUCAAUGCUUAUUCGAAUAGCUAGAUUUCCGUAAUAGUCAUGUAUAUGUACUUCACAUUUUUAAUUCAUUGAAUGCUUUCAAACCUUCAACAUUUCUUCUCAAGUGACAGCAUAUUUCACAAAUCACAUAUAUCUUUGGAUAAGGCACAUACCUCAUUUCAAUGAAUUGAAAAUGUUGAUACUUGCUCAAAUAUAAACAAUAUGUCUUGGAAAUUUAGUUGUUAGAAUUGAAUAUGAGUUUCAUCAUUUCAAAAAACACUCGUUCUUGAUCUGUAUUAUUUCGGCAAGAUCAGAUUCAAUUUGUUCCAAUAAUUUUAGGUUUCAGAAAUAUGUUGAAAAAUUUUUAAUUAAAACCUUUGCAAUUUGUUAUUCAACUCACACAAAUUCAACGAACAAUACAUGCUUUUUCUGAAAGACAUCUUCUAUGUGUUUAUUUGACUUUUAUUAUAUUAAUUCCUUCAUUCAACAAUUGUAUUGUACACGGAAAGCGCCUCAUUCUACUACUGCUUGAUAAAGUGGUAUUGUGUUGACCAAACUGUUGAUUAUAAAUGAAAGCAAUGAUUAUGGGAAAGGUAACUUAUAAUUCUUGACAAAUCUCUUUGGAAGUAGUGUAAUAUAAUCAUUCACAUCACAAGAUCUACCUUAAGAAACCUGGAAGUAAAUCCUGUUUAUAAUUGACUUUUCAGCUGCCAGGAUAAGAAAACGUCUUGUACACAAAUCGAAUAGUCAUUAUUAUUAUUAGUAAGCGAUAUUAUCUAUUUUUUACAAUAAUUAUGAUUUGUACACAGGAUUAAAUUUAUGUUGUGAUUUUUUUAUAUUGACACAAAUAUCAGUUCAUGACUAGAAUCAAUAUAAAAUUUGAUUACUUUGGUCCACAUCACAUUAGUUUUUAAGUAUUUACAUAACCAGACAAAAAUAACAAACUGUUAUUAAAAGACAUCUUAAUAAGAAUUACUACAACUGUGGAAAAAUAUUAUGGUGGAGGAACAAAGAAUCCUUAAGAGCAUAUUUCUCGAUACCUAUAAAUCAAUAUGCGUUGGAAAGAAUUUUUGAAGAUCCGAACUUGGAGACACAGAAGAUAGAUAGAGGAAUUUUGUUUCAUAAAAUCCACUGUUUCUCUUAGAAAUUAAAUUUGCUUUUGAUUCAGAUAUUUACGUGUCUGCAUCAUCUGUAAUUGAAACUGUUUGUGUAUUAGUGACCAUAAGUUGACAUUUUGUUUUCAUGCGGUUACUUAGGAAAUAUGUGUUCUGUAUAUAUUUCGUUUUGUACCAUAUUUUGUGAAUAGUUUUUUGAAUAUUUGUUGAAUUGGAUCUAUAAUGAUAUUGUAUUUUAAUAAUUUGAAAUUAGUUUUAGUCAUUAUUAAGUACAUAAAAUAUUUUGGCUGGUAAAAUGUAGAAUUCAUGUAGAAUUAAAAGGUUGGUUGACACUUCUGUAAGAUGAGUACUUCUUUGGUAGUUUCAAUUAUGAUACUUAAAACAACAAACAAGUGAAAAGUUGGGACAUUUAUAUAUUAUCUGUUGUAACAACUUCCACUGAAGAACGUACUAUUUUUUAGUAUGUAACCACAUUAUUGACGUGUGCAAAAUCUUAAUGAUUAGAAGUACGAAUAAAUAUCUAUCUAUCUAAUCUACAAUUAGAUUUGUUGAUUAGCCUUCAUCAGCAGUUUAAACUCAAUUAGCCAUAAACUAUUGCAUAUAGAUAAUUGAAAGUUUGAACUGUUGAAUAUAGAUAAUUGGCAGUUUGAACUGUUUAUUAUAAGAAAAAUAUUUUGUGGUUUCAGCGCCUCCAUAAUAAAAGACUUAUUUUAUGUCAAAAUAUUUAGAAGUGAAGGAAAAUUACCAGAGUUGUACUCCUGUAAUACAAACUCAAGUGGAAUGGAAACGAACAGUUCCCUUAUGUUUUUACUAGUUUGUUUCAAUUUUGCUCUAUAUUUUGAUACUCCUAAUUUUUAGGUGGACAUCUAGGUCUGCAUUACAUAUCGACUCUCUAUAUUUAGCUCUCUAGAUAUGUACAGUUAUUCGGUAAUUUGUUCGAAUAUUUUUUUGUAAAGUUUGAGGUGGAUGUGUUUUCACUUUUUCUUUUUUGUUAUUUCAGCUUUACACAUGUAUAUUUUUUAAUUCAAUUUUUGUUAUAAUUUUGAUUAGUUUUCUGAAGUAUACAACCAAUAUGAAUUAGAGACAAUAUUUGCUUUAGUAGUGUUUUUAGCUUGGAGACAAGCAAUUUUACAAAUGACAUGUAACUCUCUUCUUUCUCUCAGAAUUAUUUAUUCCCAAAGUAGUUUUCAUAUUGCACUACUAUGACAAUUUUUCUCAUUUUCAAUUGGAAGCUGAUCUGUCAUUUAUUAGUUAAUAUUUUUUGCAGUAACGUUUUUUUAUUCCGUUUUUGUAUCAUAUUAUUUGACUUAUUAUUUUGAAAAUACAUCCCACUUAUUGAAGCCAAUUUUCUCUAGUCGCUGUAUAUAUCUCAUACACGUACAAAUCAUCCCAUCUACUGAUUUUUUCUUUCUUUCGGUUGUGUUCUUAGAUUCGUAAUUCAUUUCGAGCAAUUAGAACCCAUGACUGGGACAUAUUUAAUGUUUAAGAACAAAGUGUAAAAGGAAAUUAAGCACAAAUAUAAAGUAUACCUUUGUAAUUUUGUUUUUUCGUUUAAUGUUUUUUGAUUCGAUUAACAUUUUCUCCAACCUUUAUGAUGUGAUUGGUGAUUGUGUAUGUGAGAAAUAUAAAUAAAUAAAAGAAGGUGAUAACAAAUACUGCA